CGAGGAACUGGGCAGACUUGUAACAGCACUCGCGUUGACUUUGGUGCUGAUGCUGAGAUCAUGUCUGGUGGCUAAUCAGUUUUGGCACCAUUUUAGCAAGUCAGAAUGCGCCUAUUCGCGGCCGAUCUCGGGCUUCACACAAGAGGUAGCUUCCCCAGACAAUAUCCCCCGCCGUUGACGCCGUGGGUGGAGAAUGUGGAGAAUGCGAACACCAACUAUUAAGCUGAGCAACCCUAUAAAUGGUAGACGCUGCAAGGCAAAAUGUGCUGGAUAUAGAGACUUUGUUUAUAUCGUUUCUUCUCGUUUCCUUUGUAGGUGUUGUUAAGCGCUCCUUGUCUCCAAAUGAAGUUCAUCACAUGGCUCAGCAUCCUCGCCUUGGCUGGCUCAGGUUACAGCUGUGGCGGGCAUGGUGAUGAGAAGGAAUGGAGCAAAGAGGAAUUGGCUGAAUUGGAGGCAAAAUGGGGGCACGAGUGGUCUUUCAACGGCAUCGGGUCAUUUGCUCAUCUAGACUACGUCAAGUGUCUCACAAACCCGCAAGAGAAAUAUGACAUUGCAAUUAUCGGCGCGCCUUUCGAUACCGCAGUCUCGUUCAGACCAGGCGCCCGAUUUGGACCCAGAGCUAUUAGACAAGCCUCUUCUCGUCAGACGUCGCUACGCGCAUUCAACCCUCGCGCCAACAUCAAUCCCUAUCAGAACUGGGCGAAAAUCAUUGACUGCGGGGAUAUCCCCAUCACGCCUUUUGACAAUAAUAUUGCAACCGAGCAAAUGACGCAGGCUUUCAGAAAUCUCGGUAGAGCUCAGCCCAUAAGCUCACUGAGCAAAGGUCGGCCUAAGCUCAUCACUCUUGGCGGAGAUCACAGUUUGGCUCUGCCUGCGUUGAGAUCUUUGAAGGAGAUUUAUGGAAAGCCGGUUCGGGUUCUUCACUUUGACGCUCACCUGGACACCUGGAAUCCCGCCGCAUACCCGUCAGCCUGGGGUUCAUCACAUUUUACUCACGGCUCCAUGUUCUGGAUGGCUAACCAAGAGGGGCUUCUGUCAAACUCAUCGACAAGCCAGUCUGUUCAUGCCGGUCUGCGCACUCGUCUCAGCGGCUCUGACUGGGCGGAUCACGAAUCGGAUACCGCCCAGAACUGGGUGCGCUAUGCCGCCGACGAGAUUGAUGAGAUCGGCACACAGGGUAUCAUCGAUGGUAUCAUGUCAGUAUUAGGAACUGAAGACCCGGUCUACCUGUCUGUUGAUAUCGACGUGCUGGAUCCCGCUUUCGCACCUGGUACUGGAACCCCUGAACCUGGCGGCUGGACUACGAGAGAGUUUAUCCGAAUCCUGAGAGGAAUUGAAGGCCUAAAUAUUGUCGGCGCUGACGUCGUGGAGGUCAGUCCUGCCUACCAAGGAAGAGGUGAAGAGACGGCUUUGGCGGCGGCACAGGUUGUGUAUGAGAUCCUAAGCUCUAUUGUCAAGAGGGGUUUGGAAGACGGAGCUCGAGAACAGCCAAAGGGUAUAAAAGAUGAGCUAUAAUGCGUGUAUAUAUAAGCUUUAUACUAGCGACUGUUUCCUAUCAGCGCUGAAAAUCUGUAUUAUAAACGUGCACAAAUGAUGGCACGAAUCAAUUAACAUGAUGGGGGAAUUGGAAACAAUUAAUUGC